AUGGAAUCAAGCGUUCUAGAAUGCAUCGGUGUAGAGAUAAUCGGAGUAAUGUCACCGGUAUCAAUCUGCAUGUUCCUCGUCGUCCUCCUCGUUUACUCACUUUCCACUUCCUCCUCCCCUGAAACCACCAUCACCACCGCCGCAAAUCUCGUCUACGCCGAAAACCCCUCCGACACCACCGCACAAAAACUCGAAGGCGCAGUUCUAAACGCCGUCGUUUUCGUCAUCCUAAUCGCAAUCGUAACUUUCCUUCUCGUUCUCCUUUACUACUAUAACUGCACUUCCUUCCUCCGUAACUACGUUCGUUUCUCCGCUUUCUUCGUUCUCGCUUCUAUGGGCGGAUCCAUUUUCCUUUCACUAAUUCAACGUUUCUCAAUUCCGUUAGAUUCAAUUACUUGUUUCAUUCUUCUCUUCAAUUUCACUAUUAUUGGUGUUCUUUCAAUUUUCGCUUCUGCUAUUCCGAUUAUUCUUCGUCAGUGUUAUAUGGUUUGUUUAGGUAUCAUCGUUGCCGCGUGGUUCACGAAGCUUCCUGAAUGGACCACGUGGACGCUUCUUGUUGCUCUUGCUGUUUAUGAUCUUGUUGCUGUUUUAGCUCCCGGUGGUCCGUUGAAGCUUCUCGUUGAUUUGGCUUCUAGCCGGAACGAGGAGCUUCCUGCUCUUAUCUAUGAAGCUCGCCCUACCGUUGCCCCAACCGGUAGGGCUGCUGCAUUAGGGUUUUUGGUUGCCGGAGUUGCUGAAUCAGAAUCAUCGUCGAUUGAGCUUCAGGUAGUCCCCACUGAGAAUCAUAGUAAUAGUAAUACUCAUGCUGCUGGUAGUGGUGGUGGUGGUGGUGGUGGUGGUGGUGAUUCUGUGGCUGUUGUUAGGGUUGACGAUUUUCUAAAUGAUGAAGGGGAAAGAUCACCAUUGGUUGGUAACGCGAUUCGCCACGAGGAAAGGUCUCCACUUGUUGAGGUGAUGAGGAAUGAGAGAGAAAUGGGGACAAUGAGGAGGGAAGAAGUUGAGGAAGUUGCUGAGAGAGGGAUUAAGCUUGGACUUGGUGAUUUUGUAUUCUACAGUGUUCUUGUGGGUAGAGCUGCAAUGUAUGAUCUCAUGACUGUUUAUGCUUGUUAUCUUGCAAUUAUAUCUGGACUUGGUUGCACUCUUAUUUUGUUAUCGGUUUGUCGUCAUGCUCUGCCUGCUCUUCCGAUUUCGAUUGCGUUGGGUGUGCUUUUCUAUUUCUUGACUAGAUUGUUAAUGGAACCUUUUAUUGUUGGAACUGCUACAAAUUUGAUGAUGUUUUGAGUCUUAUGAAAGUGGGAUUGACAAGGAAUUUUAUGAUGAGGUUAGGGUUUAGAUUUGUAUGUACUAGUGCUUUUGUUGACAAGGAAUUUGUGAAUGUAGUUAAGAGAUAGUGCUUCAUGAGUCUUAUUGUCCUUUGUAGUAACAAUACUUGUUCACAUCUUCUUGUUAUUUUGAGCUGAUUGUUUAGUAACUAAUGGUCAUAAAUCAUCAAACUGCAAGUUUGAAAUGCAA